ACCACCCUGAAUUUUGUACUUUUUCAAAAUUAUUAGAGAUACCAAAAACUUGGAGAGGCACCAAAACCUCUAAUCUGCUAAAAUUUCAGUGAUCAAAGUUAACAAUGAAGAUUUUAUCAUUAGCUUUGGCUAUAAUGGUGGUUACACUCUUUGGUACCACCAUUAAUGUGAGCCAUUGCAAGGAGGUUCAGUUCAUAUUUGGUGAUUCCCUCUCUGAUGUUGGGAACAACAAGCAACUGAGUAGAAGCCUGGCCCAGGCAAACUUGCCUUGGUAUGGUAUUGACUUUGGUAAUGGUCUCCCUAAUGGGAGGUUCUGUAAUGGCCGUACUGUUGCUGAUAUAAUUGGUGACAAAAUGGGCCUGCCUAGGCCACCAGCAUUUCUAGACCCGUCUUUAAGUGAAGAUAUAAUGCUAGAAAAAGGAGUAAAUUAUGCCUCUGGAGGUGGUGGGAUUUUGAAUGCAACUGGUAGCUACUUUAUUCAAAGGUUUUCACUUUACAAGCAAAUUGAACUGUUUGAAGGGACACAAAAGAUGAUAAGAAGCAAAAUUGGGAAGGAAGCAGCUGACAAAUUCUUCCAAAACUCACGUUAUGUGGUAGCUUUAGGCAGCAAUGAUUUCAUUAACAAUUACCUAAUGCCUGUUUACAGUGAUUCAUGGACUUAUAAUGAUGUCACUUUCGUUGACUACUUGAUGGAAACUCUCAAAGAUCAACUAAAGAUUUUGCAUAAAUUAGGAGCAAGGAAGUUGAUGGUGUUUGGGCUAGGUCCAAUGGGCUGUAUUCCCCUUCAAAGGGUGCUAAGUACUUCAGGUUCAGGUGGCUGCCAAGACAGAUCAAACAAACUAGCUCUCAGCUUCAACAAAGCAGCAAGCAAAUUGUUAAAAGAUUUAUCUGGCACCCUUCCUAAUGCAAAUUAUCAAUUUGGGGAUGCUUAUGAUGUUGUUAACGAUGUCAUAAGUAAUCCUUCUAAAUAUGGAUUUUCGAACUCCGAGUCGCCCUGCUGCUCAUUCGGGAGAAUUAGGCCAUCUCUUACGUGUGUUCCUGCGUCAACAUUGUGCAAGGAUAGAAGCAAGUAUGUGUUUUGGGAUGAAUACCAUCCAUCAGAUGCUGCUAAUGAGAUUAUUGCAAAUGAGAUCAUUAAGAAACUUGGGUUUAUGCAUGAUCAAAAUCAGCCAAUCGUUCCUUCUCCAGCACCUGCUUUUGGUCCAUCCUCAGAUGAUGAAGAAGAAGAAUAAUGAACUAUUUUCAAUAAACAUUUCUAAUGCUUAUUAUUAUUAACUUGUUCUAUAUAUUUAAAUUUUGUAAGGAAAUAAAAGUUUUCUUUUCUUUUGUUGAGUUACAUAAAUUACUGUGUCAGUUGUAUUUCCAAUUGUUCAAAAUGUUGCAGAAAGAAUGAUUCUGUUAUUGUGUAUGAUUUAGAGCUUUGACAGCCAAAGCUUCUGAGA